CGGCUAGUAAAGUGAUGCUCGAACCGGCUGGUGGAAGUCACUUGAACGGCCGUGGCGAGAGGUCUACAUCCAACAGGUUUGUCCAUCUCAGAGGCUAGAAUUGCUUGAAAUUGCAUACAAUUAAAAAUCAAAAUUAACUUGAAGACAAACUGAUUCAAACAUUAUUAUCGCUAAUUAUGCCAAUAGCUAAAUUACGUCAAUUGAUUCAAGGCAACAGGUCCACCAGUGACUGGCGUUUCCUAGACGUUUCGGCAUUACACGUUGGUUCCUGGCGAUUUGCGCACAGUACUGGAGAAUGUCCGUUUCGGGGUGAGCCCCACGCAUAAUCAAUUGUGUCAACGCGCGGGAUGAUGUUGACAUAACUGUUUGUGGCCAGUCUCCCCAGCAUGAACUUGCAAGUACUUGAAACAGAGAUAGGCGACGUGCGGAGCGAUAUCCAGUCGUUACGGCUGGAGGUCGCUGCCAUCGAGGUCGAACGGGCCCAGCUAGCACUCAAAGUCCUGGCCCUCCAAGAUGAGCUCCAGCAGCCGUCGCCACAGCACCGUCCCCACGAAAAGGACGCUGACCCCGUUCCGCCCAUUAUCCAGCAUAGCCACUUCGAUCCGUCCAUCAGCAGGUUCUUCCAGGCACCCCAGGACGAGCCAGUGCCCCAAACAACCGCGUUGCCUAGGUUCCUUCCCCAAGCAGAGGCUUUGGUAGAGAUCAAGGAAAACAUCCUCUACGAGAACACGUACCGCAUUGGGGGUGUGACUGCAUUCCCGUUGAACCAGCGGUUGUUUGCGGCCAACGACGAGGUCUUGGGGCUUCGGUUUGAUAUGUUUUCCCAUGCCAAGUGCCAGUUUCUCCAACCCCACUACGCCAUUCUCAAGAAGUCCACUGUAACCGACAAAACGGGGCACCAGCUUCGCCAGUGGACGCUCUAUCGCCACACCUUGCCUGUCUACGUGCCACUCGAAGACUACACCAAGGAACUCAAUUCGGAGGAUGGGGUGACCACAUUUGCAUUGCACAUCCGCAACUUCCUUGUCAAAAUACAGCAUAAGCACGAUGUGGUUGAGGAGUUGACCAAAUUGGACCUCCAGACGUUUGAAAAGGGUUCCAUGGUGGCUGGUCCAUCGGGAAAUAGUUGCAGAAUAAUUCAAAAGGUAGACAAAGAUCUCCAGUGCCAAAGAUUGGUAUUGUACAUCCUUCACAAGGUUGGUGAGAAGAGAAAAUUCCAUCAGGUCGAACUUAAUUGCAACUUGGACUCAAUUGAGACUGCAAAUAUAUCCACUAUCGAUUUGAAACAUAAUGCAGUGAUCGCCAUGUGUGAAGGAUUACUCCGUGGGUGUAAGUUCUCCGAUUUAUCUACGACCUUUAGCAAGGUGAUCGAAAUACUCCUUUCGAAUAAAGUGAUUGAUCCCUUAACGUGAAAUUGACCUAAGGGACUAUUUCAACUAUUCUCAUCUAUACAUCCUCCCGAGAAUUGAGUCCUAAAGUCUAUUCUUUUGCUGAGUAAUAUCCUUAUUUACUGAUUGAAUGAGCAUAAUAUCGUGUGAUACAUAAAGUAUCAUCCAGCUUACAAUUUUC